GUCUCUUUCUAUCUCUUACUUUCAUUUUUGUCUUCCAAUUUUUCAUCUCCCCCUUACUUUCUCCCUUUCUUUUCAAUUUAGCCUUUACCCGGCCUAAGUUGAUUCAAAGUUCAAAUCAUUUGCUUCCAUUUAUUUUUUUCUUUUGUUCUUCUCAUCGUCUUUAUCAUUGAUCUUUCCCGCCCUCUCUUCCCUCCUGUUUUUAUAUUUUACAUGCAUCUUUUUCCUUACCACCCUCACCUUAACACUCUUGACUUAAUACUCUGUUUAACUCCUCUCCCGCUCUGUGAGUGAGAGUGAUUUACCAAGCGAAUCACCAAUAUUUUAAAUAAACUCAAGUAACACAAUCACCUGAUGAACCAUUUUGUAGUUAAACCAUUCAGAACAACUUCAACUUGAAGUGACAACUUUAAAUUCAUUGUUAACAAAUCAGCCAGCAAAACUUGUCCAUUCGUGAUCAUCAACGUUUAAUAGAUACAUUCAAAAGUAAACAAUAUUCAAGUGAAACAAGAAACAGUGUAACAUCAAAGUUUUUACAAUCUACCAAAAUCUAUUGUUUUAUUUUAUUCAUCGAAAAGUUACAGAAUAGUCAAUCAAGAUGAACUUCCAAUGGAUAAUAUUAAGUUUCCAAGUAACCCUCAUGGUCUUAACCUUUUGUGAAGCAGGUAAAAAAGGAACGGAAUCCGGAAUUAUAGUAAUAAAUAAUACAGGUGGAGGCAAAUGUGGAGGCUCAGCAAAAACUAUUGUCAAGACUGCUCCUAAAGGCAAAAAAGGUAAAGGUGGUAAAGGUAAGGGUCACACUAUUAUUGCAUCUUCUGGAGGCGGUGGUGGUGGCGGUGGCUGCUCAUCUUCCUGUAAAUGUGGGCAUGGAGAUCAUGGACAUGACCAUGGAAAGGUUGUCGCCGUCCCUGUUCCUGUACACAUUCCUGUUCAUGAUAACAAGUUUAUGCACCGUCGCAACACAGGUUUUGAAUCAACUGCAGGUACUCGUAUGAUGCCAGUGUUUGUCUCAGCAAACAGUCCCAUCUCAAUCGCUGGUUCACCUUCAUCAUCCAAUCAUCAACAACAAUCUCAGCUUAACUCCUAUGGCUACAACAAUCAAGUUGGCUCAUCUAACCCUUUUAUUAAUGCAUUCGCAUCAAACUUAAUUGCAUCUCGAUCCCAUCUUCGUUCUAUUGGUGAUCAUGGUAUUAUCGACCCAUCAGUAAUGUCAAUGUCCGAAGCUAGACAAAUGUUUUCACUUUUACCCGCUCAACAAUUAGGACAUCAUUUUGCUCACUCAGUUAAUCAUGGUAAUCAAGACUAUGGUCAUCACUCCCACGGAUUAUCUUCCCCUCAUCAUCAUCACAGCUUCAAUGCUUAUGGUGACUCUGGUUCACUUAUGCGAGACUCUCCAGUCCAUCAUCCAGUUCCAUACAGCUCUAUGCCCAUUUAUGAACCAAUCAGAUCCGAAGAAGAAUAUAUGGGAAUGAAUUACGGGGAUGGAAGAGGAAAUCAUGGUGGAUCAAUUGGACAUGGACCUUCACCAUCACCUUCAUCAUCAUCAUCUUCCACAUCAUCUGAAGAAGAUGAACGCAAUAGAUCCAACUAUCAAUCUGCCAGUUCUGCCUUGCCAUCCUCAGCCCCCUCAUCUGAACCUUUGAGAAAGCCAUCUAAUUUUGAUGAUUCACCAGCAUCACCAGUAUCAUCACCUUUAUCACCUGAUUCCAAAGAGAAAAGUCAAUCAGGAUAUUGGCCUGAAAGAGCAUAAAAAUAAAAUAUCACCCAAGAAAUCAUCCUCAUUGUCAUAAAGCAUCUUCAUAUACUCAUAAAUAGAAAAAUUGAUUUCCAAUGUAGAAGAAACCCGACGGUCAAGAUUUUAGAGAAAUGCAUGAGAAAUUCGUCGAUGUUAAAGCUCAGAUGGAAUGUUGGCCUGCUAAAAGUUUCCUUAACGAUAUUAUAAGACGAAAAGGAAAGUUAGUAAGUAAAAGGUGAAAAAGCUAGUCAAAUGGUCUUGACAUAAAUAUCACCAUAACAGCAUACGAAAUGGCCUUGUGAGUGAAAGUUUUCUCAACAUUUCACCUUUUCUUCUUCACCCUCAUUAUCACACUCAUUGUCUUCAUCGUCUUCACCGUACUCAUCGUACUCAUCGUCAAACUCUUGACAGCCUCUUUGUCUUCAUUAUCUGUGCCUUGGGCCAAAUUGUCCCACAAAUUUUCUUUCAUUUUCGUCAACCUCAUCUAUUUUGGCCCGGUAACGGUCCAUUUCUAUCCAAUAUCUUCCGCCUUUCUUUUACCAUAUCAUCAUCCUUUUGUCUUCACCAUAACCUUUCUGCCACUUAUGAUUUGCUUACAUAUUCACACGGAGCCAUUUUUUGGAUAAAAUUGUUUCCUUAUGUCAUCAUAUGCUAACAUUUGUUAUCACUCUCAUCAAUGAUUUUUGCAUGAAUUAAAGAAUUCUGUU